AUGGCGACGUUCACUCUUACCGUUAACAUCGCUAGUGCCGAUAUUACUGCCCUCAAACAGGUUGGCUAUAACCUCUGCAUUGCAAAGAAGGUUAACAACACUUACAACACCGUCUGGAGAGGAGGCAGCUUCCUCGCCCGCAACACGUUCCAAUGGACUAGCAGAUAUGCGGUUUUCGGGACAGAGACCUUCGCAGAGGGCGCAUUGGUCACCGCAGCGACUGAAAGCCCCGAAAUCAAGUUUGGCCAGACCGUGCUGCUCGACGAGAACGGCGUCAUGAACAACCCUACGGGUUCGCCCAACUCGUCUGGAACCUUCACAGUGGACAAUGAGUACGCGGCGCUGAACAUCGGCGUCAUGGGCUACCUCGGCGGCGCAUUCUCCCCCAUCUUCGUCAGCCCGUCCCAAGUCGUCACCGGGCCCGUCAACCUCACGCCCGUCGAGAGCGUGCUCGUCUGGUUCGACGCGCAGCACACGACGAGCACUAUCAUUGUCGAUUCAGUCAGCAACACGAUCGAGGUUGAUUUCACUGGGGGCUAUGCGUCCCGCUCUGUCACGUACACCAGCACGCCCGGCCGCCCGGGCACGGGCGCGUGGGCGCUGGACAGCCAGCUCCGGCUCUCUGCGACGUAUAACCCCACGACGAACUUGUUCGCGGUUGAACGGCCGAGCGCGCAGCUCCUGCUCAAGAUGGCGAGCAUCAUCAACGCGGAUGACGCGGCCGGCGACGCAACCGUUUUCAAGACUACCGUCGAGUUCAACGAAGCCGACACGCAGGGUGUCGUGGAGGCGUUCAAGCAAUACGCCCAGGACGUGCGUCCACAUGGCCUCUCGGAAUGGGACGUCUCGGUGGAAGAUGACAAAGUGGUCAUGCGCCUGGCGAUGGAGGACGAAGGCAACGACCCCGCUGAGGCUGCGCGAGAGAUUCCGUACAAGUUCUUGAGUAUUCUUCACGGGUGGACCGGUCCCCAGUAUAAGAAGCUCACCUUUGAGGCUCCGCAUGCCGACGUGAGAGUGUAG